AUGACUUUUCUUUGGCAGCUUCCCCAAAGGCUGUUCCUUCUGGGGACAACUGCUCUGGCUGUGUCUGCCCUGGGGACAGCGGACCUGACAGACAUGUGCGGACAGACAUGGCAAGGGGAUGCGCUGCAGCUGCGCUCGCACUCGGCUUCUCGCAAGUUCUAUUUUGUGACUCCGAACACCGACUGCGUGUUGUGGCUGCAUGCCGCGACCCCUGAAGACAGGAUACGCUUCCAGUUCCGCUUCUUCCUGGUCUACAGCUUGUCCUCUGCCACCCGGAUCACCGCAGCUACCGUGUCCACCACAACCACCCGGGCCCCCAAUGCUUCCUUGCCCGACCCGUGCGCACCCGGCUCCUACCUGCAGUUCUAUGACGGCCCGCAGGGGGCGCCCCGAGCCCUUGAACCCCCGACCUGCGGCCUGACCAUCCCCGCCCCUCUCAUGUCCUCGGGACCCUGGCUUGGCCUGCGCUUGGUCACCAGGGGCCGCCAGCCCCGUGUGGAUUUCUUGGGCGAGGUGACCUCUUUCCGCCUGGGGUUUUGCGGCACCUACUUCCGCUGUCGGAAUAGCAGGUGUGUGCCCCGGAGCCUGCUGUGUGAUGACAGGGACAUGGACAACUGUGGUGAUGGCAGUGACCAGGACUCCCAACCUCCAGCCAGCUGCAGAGGUCCCUCUCUGGUACCCACACAGACCCCGAGAACGGAAGAUGACAGGUCCAGCCCUCUGACUCUCCUCAUGGCUCUUGGCUCUGCAGCGGAGAGGACCUCUCCAGCAAGCCUGGCACCCAUCACACAAGAAGUGUUGGAAGGUGCCUGGGUCCGGUGGGUGGCUCUGGCCUCCUCGAUACUGUUGACAUCCACUGGCCUCCUCUGGUGGUGCUGCUGCUGCCCAGGUUGGCUGGGUUGGCACCCAGGGGCUCACAGGCUCUGUCUCAGAUGCUGUGCAUCCUACAAUGCUUGCCACCUGUGUCCUGGUCGGGUGGCUCCUGGGGAUCUGUGGCUGAACUGGCCAGCUCUCCAGAGCCAGGGAGGCCGUCCUUAG